AUACAAAUACACACAUACACACACACUCACACCCAUUGCCCUUCUCAAAGCUACCGUGAGAGCUACCGUUACUCUGGGCAGGCCCACCAGUCCUGUGCCUGUCUGAGCUGGAGUUCAGGACCAUCUGAGACAGCAGGAGACAAAGGUGGAUGAUAAUGAUGAUGCCAUGCAGGUUAGUUUUAGGACUCCUGGUCCUGAAUUUGGUUCUGGCUUCACCCCCAAGAUACACCCGACAAGUGGAGCCGGACAACUAUGAGGAUGUCGAAUAUUUUAAUGAACUGACGACGGAUGAACCUGAGAAAGGGGUUAACCCUGUGUUCCCAUAUGAGGACAUUGAACCUGCACCUGAAGCCUCACUAGAGGAAGAGGAAGAAGAAAAGGAACAGGAAAUUAAACAUGAAUUACCAAUAACACCUUCAUUCAUCCCAUCCGGCUCUGGUGUACCGGAUGUUUUGAUGGGGCCAAACACUCAAGGAGGUAUGCCCACCUGUAUACUGUGUACCUGCUUGGGAGGAUCUGUGUACUGUGAUGAUGUGAAGUUGGUGAACGUGCCUCCUCUUCCCAAAGAUACCACUCACUUCUACGCCCGCUACAACAGGAUCACUAAGAUCAACAAAUCAGACUUCGCUAACAUGAACAAACUGAAGCGGAUCGAUCUGACAAGCAACGGCAUCUCCAAGAUUGAAGACAGCGCCCUCUUCGGCCUGCCUGCUUUACAGGAACUGGUAAUACGAGAAAACAAUGUGGCUCAACUCCCAGCACUGCCAAAGACCAUGACCCUUGUUGAUGCCAGUCACAACAACCUGGGCAGAACUGGCAUCCAACAUGAAGCCUUUAAGGACAUGACAGGAUUACUUUACCUGUACCUGACCGACAACAGGCUUGAUCACAUCCCCAUUCCUCUGCCUGAGAGUCUGCGAUCUCUGCACCUACAGAACAACAACAUCCAGAUGAUACACGAAGACACGUUCUGCAAACGAAACGACUUGAACUUCUUGCGGAUGGCGCUGGAGGAUAUUCGCUUGGAUGGCAACCCUGUCGUCCUCAGCAGAACUCCACAAGCUUAUGUGUGUUUGCCACGUAUUCCUAUUGGCGCCCUUUUUUAAACACACACACAUAUACACACAACUACAGAUAUACACCACAACCUCUGAGUUUCCAACUGUUUUUUUUUUUUUUUUACUUUGGGCUGGAGUAAACACUUGUAUGAAUGGCUGUCUUAUACAAGACACACACACACACACACACACACACACACACACACACACACACACACACAAACACACACACAGUUAACUGGUUCCUUUCAGUUAAUUUCUUCCCCCUACAUGUGCAAUAUACACACAUCAUCUGACACGUUGAAAUGUUAAAAAUACGAGACGAUGUGCGAGUGAAUAUUUAAGAACGAUUAAAUGCAAAAAAUCUGGAAAAAGAAUUAAAAAUGUAAUUAAUAAAAAUUGGAAAUUACAGAUGCAAAUCUAAACAUCACCCUUUUAAUUUUAUUAUUAUUAUUAUUAUUAUUAUUAUAUAU